CUCUAGUAGUUCAGGAGCUACUAGUAGCGAAAAUGAAAGUAAGAUAGAUCAGUUAGUAAGAGAAAAAGUAGAUCAGAUAGUAAAGGUAGUAGUAGGUCAGUUAGUAGAAGCACAAGUAGAAGCACUAGUAGGUCUAGUAGUAGUAGCAGCAGUUCAAGUGAAGAUGUACCGAAAGUAUUGA